AUGUCCUCUAGUCCUUCCCAACAGGAGCGCGAGAAGCCGCAUCUACACACAGCUGUAUCGUUCCCCAGGAUGGAUAGCUCGAACGCGAGCCCUUUCUCCCGCACGAGAGCCCGGACGAUGCAGUCGGUGGUCAUCUCGGAAACCGUGAACCCUGGAUCGCUUCCAUUGUCGCUGACCGGAGAUAACGAGGACCAAGAUGCUGGUCCUGAUAUAUUUGAAAGGGGAAACUCUUCAGACUCAGGCGCCGGAGACGACGGGCAGCAGGGUGAUGAGGAGUCUGUGCUCUCGCGGAAUAUACAGGAUCAGGCAGAGGAACUUCCAAUUGAACUGGCUAGCUUAACUGAUCGAUUCGUUGAGUCCCUCUCGGCCAAGGUUCACUCGUCUCCUCCCACAAUUGAGAAAGUAGCGGACUUGUUCCAGGAGUUUUAUUACCGUGCGGAAUCGCAUAUAGCCACUCACAUCUCGGCCCUAGCAUCACGUAUCAAUCGCGAACCCUCACCUCUCCCUCAAAGCCCCCGUGGGAACGCCCAGCACAAAUCGAAAGAUGCAGAUAUUACCUCUAGUCGUCAGAUGCUAACGGCAUCAGAGGUUGCGGAAAAAAGGAAAGCCCGGAAGUUCCUUUCUUACAAGCGUGUUGCUUUGGAAGAGGCAGUAGAGCGGAAAGCGUGUGAGGCUGUUUAUGACAAGAUAUGGAGGCAUAGAACUACUUUGGAUGAAGUUCGAGAUGAAAAACUGCGUUCCAAGACCGCAGCUCUGCUUUUGGUUGGGAUCAAUCUGAAGGACCUUGGAAUUGACAUUGACAUUAGCGCCAUUGACGAAGAUAAGCAAAAAGAAGCCAAUGACUAUAUAUCUGUGGCUCGCGAAAGUCUGGCAAAGAUGAAUGAAGAGAAGUAUCCUCUUGGGAAGCUUCAACAUCUAUCAUAUGCACAUAAGGCGAUUGUGGAUGCAUUGACGAAAUUACUGCCCUCAUCAUCCUCUGCUGAUGAAAUUCUGCCGACACUAAUUUAUACAUUGAUCACUUGUCCUCCCGAGGGAAUCAGCGUCAUAAGCAAUCUUCUUUUUAUACAACGCUUUCGAUCCUCGAGCAAAAUGGAUGGCGAGACUGCAUAUUGCCUGACCAAUCUCGAAGCUUCCAUCACCUUUUUGGAGAAUGUCGACCUUUCAGAACUACGUGCAGACGAAAUACAGAAUGGACAAAGAAGGGCCGACUCAGCGCCUGUUGAACAUUCUAGUCAAGACAAUUCUACGAACGAGGACGCAACUUCUUCAGUCGCUCCGUUGACUGCUUCCUCAGAACUCUCAAAGCCCAACGAUAAGAGUGCUUCAGAGACAUUACCCGAGACUCAGCCACCAGCUUCAGUCCAACAAAGGGCCUUGAAUAAUUUGUUUCAGCCUCCGUCAAGGAUGCUCGGUGCCGCUAAUGACGCCGUUCGCAACACUGCCGACCAGGGCUUAAAGAAUAUUGGCGCAUCAUUGGACGGCAGUUUCAAUUUUCUUUUUGGGCGGCUCAAGGAAAUGCAACCCGGAAGGGAUGGAAAUGGUCCAACAUUGCCUAAAACACUAGCAGAAGCCCGUCGCCUGGUUGCAUACCCAAUAUCUGGGGACGAUAAGAAUCUGGGCGAGGAAGAUAGUGCAAGCAAAGAUCCUCUUUCGACCGAUCGUCCACUCCUGAGACACUCGCACUCAAAAGCAGAAGAGACGAUUAUAGGAUUAGUUGGUGGACGCAGAGUUCCACGCGAUCGAAGUGCAGACAGCGCAAGAGCCCAAGGAAGCUCCAAGAAGUCACUAGCCGCUGCAGGAUCAACAAAAGACGAGUCCUCACCAGGCGCCUCCCAGUCUUCCAUCAUGUCACCUUCAACGCCCCUGGGGUCUGUGAGAAGCUUUAGCAACACCCUUAACCCACUCAACCACAUCCCAGGCAUGAUUAGAAACUUUGGACGCAGUGGCUCUGACAGUCCAAGCGGUGGGCAAAUGCCACCAGCUCUGCCAGAGAGGACCAAGAUGCCACCACUGGCGCAAACAUCGCGCCCUUCUAGUAGUGGUGGUCCUCCUCCUAACGUCGACCCACCGAUUCAACGUUUUCUCGAUACCCCGAAUGCCAGCGAACUUACGAUUGGUGAUGUCUCGACGUUGCUCGAGGAUUACAAGAGGCUGGCAAAUAUACUCCUUAAGCAGAAUACGAACGCCAAUUAA